CACAGCCCCUGGGAAAACACUCCCAUGGGGCUUGGUAGUGGAGAUGGGGUGCUCUUCUGGCUGCCCAAACCAGUUGCUUCAUUACAGACUGUUGCUCUGUGACCUUGAGCAAGUCACUUGGCCUCUUUGUGCCUCUGUUUUCACACCUUUCCAAUGAAGGGAACAGGUGUUCCUGUCUCGGUUGUGGUGGGGAUUCGGUGAGUUAACAGGUAAUGUGCUUAGGAAGGUGGGCAGCCUAUGGAAAUGCCAGUUGGCCACAGCUGUUGGUAACAGGUGCCUCGGUGGAGGUGAGCCAGGGUAGUGUCCGCCUCCCCACCACUCCAAAUUGCUGCCCUGGUCCCAGCAUCCUGCACUGGGUGCUUUCUCCCAACCUCUGGGGGCCCGACCUACGUUCCACCUUCAGUCUGCCAAUUGCCAUACCUUUGCUCCUUCUGGAGAGGGAUUAAAUGGAGGUGGUGUGAAGGGCAUGGGAUGUCAAGCCUUGUCCAAAAACAAGGACACUCAGAGCUGAAGAUGAAAAUAUCUAGCGCUGGGGUGGGUAGGGCAGAGGAGACACUCACCUUCCAUCUGUGGCAGGAGAGAGCCUGCCAUGCUGACAAAGGAUGAAAGAUCUGUGUCUUGGGAGGCCCUGGGGAUUCCUAAGGUGGGCUGGGGACUGAGCCAGGGCCCAGGGGUAGGGGUGAUGGGCAUGCAGCAGACCCCACAGGCACUGCUUCUAUUGGCUCAAGAUCUGGGUGGGCCCUAAGAACUGGGAGAGCAACGGCAGGAGACAGUGCUGCGGCAACAGUGUUCAGACGGGGACAGCUGUAGUCUGGGAUGAGAGGUGCUGGGAGUACCUGCCUGCAGAGAGGGGUCAGGGCAGGGGCUCAGGCUCCCCCAGGUGUAUGGUGUCAUCUGGUGGUGUGCACAGCUCAAAGGACAGAUGGUUCCAUUAUGUGCUAUGUCACCCUUCUUCAAUCCCCCUGAGUUGAGGACUUUUAAUCCUGUUUCAAACGUGGAGAAAGUGUGAACCCCAACAGAUGGCAUCAGACCCCAAGUAUUCCCAAGCCCAGGGCCCAUGACAUGUUGGGUCAUAUCAGGCUGUCUUCCAGAAACCCCAGCACCCUUGCAAGCAGACACUCCUUCCCACCUUGAGUUCCAGGAACACCCUCUUUCCCAGUACCAACUCUUCCCAGUUCUCUUGCCUUUUCCCGACUUCCCUGUUUUACUCUUGGAAGCAGCAGCAGCAACAGCACAUGGUGAUACCUUUCAUUCAUGAGGUGCUUAGAGUGCCAGUAGCCCUUUACCGCAUGCUAGCCCUGAAUGGUAACAGCCCUGUGACUGGGGCUGUGCUGCUCUCCCCUUUGGAGAUGAGGAGAUGACCACAUAGCUAGAAAGUAGCAGGGCUUAGAUCUGAACCUGGUUUCUCCCUACAGAGCCACCAUCUUUUUUUUGGUGGUGCCGGGGAUUUGAACCCAGGGCCUUGUGCUUGCGAGGCAAGCACUCCACCAACUGAGCUAUAUCCCCAGCCCAAGAGCCACCAUCUUGAUCACUCUGAUAGAGUUGCUGUUACCUUCAUUUUACAGAAGCACAUCCUGAGGGGUCUGAGCACAGGAAGUGGAGCCAGAGGCGACAGAGAGUCUUAGAACUGAGAUCAGAGUCUUCUCCAGUACCAGGGGAAUUAGACUGAGAAGGAGAGAAUGGACUUGCAGGUGGUGAGGGGGAGGAUCUGGAGAUCGGGGAGGGUCUCCUUUCUCCCCAUCUGCCAGAAAUGGAGGCAAACCCGGCAGGCAGCAGCGCCGGGGGUGGCGGGAGCAGCGGCAUCGGGGGCGAGGACGGGGUCCAUUUCCAGAGCUACCCAUUUGACUUCUUGGAAUUCCUCAACCACCAGCGCUUCGAGCCCAUGGAACUAUACGGGGAGCAUGCCAAGGCUGUGGCGGCCCUGCCCUGUGCCCCGGGGCCCCUGCCCCAGCCUCCGCCCCAGCCCCCGCCACCCCAGUAUGACUACCCACCCCAGUCUACUUUCAAACCCAAGGCGGAGGCCCCUUCCUCCUCCUCCUCCUCCUCGUCGUCCUCCUCGUCCUCCUCUUCUUCCUCCUCCUCGUCUUCCUCCUCUUCCCAAGCCAAGAAGCCGGAUCCGCCCCUGCCACCUGCUUUUGGGGCCCCCCCGCCUCCGCUCUUUGACGCUGCCUUCCCUGCCCCACAGUGGGGCAUUGUCGAUCUGUCGGGACACCAGCACCUCUUCGGAAACCUGAAACGAGGAGGGACAGCUUCUGGACCGGGGGUGGCACCUGGGCUGGGUGCCCCUACAGGAACCCCAGGGCCGCUUCCAGCCCCCUCGCAGACCCCACCAGGACCUGCUGCAGGGGCAGCCUGCGACCCAACCAAGGACGACAAAGGCUACUUCCGAAGGCUGAAAUACCUGAUGGAGCGGCGCUUUCCCUGCGGGGUGUGCCAGAAGUCUUUUAAGCAGUCCUCGCACCUGGUGCAGCACAUGCUGGUACACUCGGGGGAGAGGCCUUACGAAUGCGGCGUCUGUGGCCGCACGUACAACCACGUCUCCAGCCUCAUCCGCCACCGCCGCUGCCACAAGGACGUGCCACCAGCUGCCGGGGGCCCACCACAGCCCGGACCCCCACUUCCUCAACUGGGCCUCCCAGCGCCCACAGCCAGUGCAACUGCUGCUGUCCCCACCACGGUGUCCUCCGGCCCCCCGGUCGCACCUGCAGCGCCCGCCGCCUCCGGGGAUGCGAACACCGCCCCUGCUGCCGUUGGUGUGCCCCCUGCAACCACCGCCGGUGGCGAGGGCCCAUUUGCCUGCCCACUCUGCUGGAAGGUUUUCAAGAAGCCCAGCCACCUUCACCAGCACCAGAUCAUCCAUACAGGCGAGAAGCCCUUCUCCUGCUCCGUGUGCAGCAAGAGCUUCAACCGGAGGGAGAGCCUCAAGCGGCACGUGAAGACGCACUCCGCGGACCUCCUGCGCCUACCCUGCGGCAUCUGCGGCAAGGCCUUCCGUGACGCCUCCUACCUCCUUAAACACCAGGCGGCUCACGCGGGAGCGGGAGCGGGGGGCCCUCGGCCAGUGUACCCCUGCGACCUGUGCGGCAAGUCCUACUCAGCGCCGCAGAGCCUGCUUCGGCACAAGGCUGCCCAUGCCCCACCUGCGGCCUCUGAGGCAUCCAAGGAAGGGGCUGCCUCGGUCCCACAGCCCCCGCCCACCUUUCCCCCUGGCCCCUACCUCCUGCCCCCAGACCCACCCGCCACAGACAGUGAAAAGGCGGCGGCCGCCGCAGCAGCAGUGGUAUAUGGCGCCGUGCCAGUCCCCCUCCUGGGUGCCCAUCCGCUGUUGCUUGGUGGGGCAGGGACCAGCGCGGCUGGAAGCUCUGGCUCCGGUGUCCCCGGAAAGACGUUCUGCUGUGGCAUCUGCGGGCGCGGGUUCGGGCGCCGGGAGACCCUGAAGCGCCAUGAGCGCAUUCACACCGGAGAGAAGCCUCACCAGUGUCCCGUGUGCGGGAAGCGCUUCCGUGAAUCCUUCCACCUGAGCAAGCACCAUGUGGUGCACACCCGUGAGCGACCCUACAAGUGUGAGCUCUGCGGCAAAGUCUUCGGCUACCCGCAGAGCCUUACCCGUCACCGCCAGGUGCACCGGCUCCAGCUGCCCUGCGCCCUGGCUGGGGCCACUGGUCUCCCCACCUCCCAGGGCGCCACAGGAGCCUGCGGGCCUGGGGCUUCCGCCACAUCCGCCGGACCAACUGAUGGGCUAAGCUACGCCUGCUCAGACUGCGGAGAACACUUCCCGGAUCUCUUUCACGUCAUGAGCCACAAGGAAGCCCACAUGUCAGAGAAGCCAUACGGCUGCGACGCCUGCGGCAAGACCUUUGGCUUCAUUGAGAACCUCAUGUGGCACAAGCUGGUCCACCAGGCUGCCCCAGAACGCCUGCUGGCACCCACACCGGGUGGUCCCCAACCCCCUGAUGGCUCCAGCGGCACUGAUGCAGCCAGUGUGCUGGACAACGGGCUGGCGGGAGAAGUCGGGGCGGCUGUGGCAGCACUGGCAGGAGUGUCCGGGGGCGAGGACGCCAGCGGAGCUGCUGUGUCUGGGGCCGGUGGAGGUGCCACUUCAGGUCCUGAGCGCUUCAGCUGUGCCACAUGUGGCCAGAGCUUCAAGCAUUUCCUGGGCCUAGUGACUCAUAAGUAUGUCCACCUGGUGCGUCGGACCCUGGGCUGUGGCCUCUGUGGCCAGAGCUUUGCUGGCGCCUACGACUUGCUCCUGCACCGGCGCAGCCAUCGGCAGAAGCGGGGUUUCCGCUGCCCGGUAUGUGGGAAGCGCUUCUGGGAGGCGGCCUUGCUGAUGCGCCACCAGCGCUGCCACACAGAGCAGCGGCCUUAUCGCUGUGGUGUGUGUGGCAGAGGUUUCCUGCGCUCUUGGUACCUGCGGCAGCACCGCGUGGUGCACACUGGAGAGCGGGCUUUCAAGUGCGGCGUGUGUGCCAAGCGCUUUGCACAAUCCUCUAGUCUGGCGGAGCACCGGCGGCUGCACGCGGUGGCUCGGCCCCAGCGCUGCGGUGCCUGUGGCAAGACCUUCCGCUACCGCUCCAACCUGCUGGAGCAUCAGCGGCUGCACCUGGGGGAGCGGGCCUACCGCUGUGAGCACUGUGGCAAGGGCUUCUUCUACUUGAGCUCUGUGCUGCGCCAUCAGCGCGCCCACGAGCCCCCUCGACCUGAGCUACGCUGUCCCGCUUGCCUCAAGGCCUUCAAGGAUCCCGGCUACUUCCGUAAGCACCUGGCGGCCCAUCAGGGUGGCAGGCCCUUCCGCUGCUCCUCUUGUGGGGAGGGCUUUGCCAACACCUAUGGCCUGAAGAAACACCGUCUGGUGCACAAGGCGGAGGGCCUAGGGGGCCCUGGACCAGGGGCAGGAGCCCUGGGGAAGGAUGCCUGAUCCCAGAGCUCCCAUCUGCCACUCCAAUCAGAUGUCCCUUCUUGACUCCCUGCUCCUGGGGCUGCUGAACAGACUGUCCCCCAUUCCUCACUAUCACCCAUCCUUCCGAACUUCAGGUGGUUGAGCCUCCUUCAGGGCCCAUGCCCUACAAAUCAAGACUGAAUCACUCCCAUCCUGGCCCUCUGACCCUCCCCUCGUUCUGUCAGACACCGAACCUAACCCUCUGUCCAACCCUCUUUCAUAACCCUCAGCAGCCACCCCCAGCAGCAUUCUGCCCUGGGAGCUCUUUGGUGGAUAUGGAUCUGAACUGCCCCCACCCACACCCCUGAAAUCUGGCUGGACAGCACUGAGUGAGUUGGGAGGACAAAGGGGCUUCUGGGUGCUCUUGGAUUGUGGGGUGGGGGGUGGGGUGGCAGACGCAGCUUGUACAGAGCAGAGAACAAUAAAUCUUAUCAACA